UGUCUUUGAGAGCAGCCCUGCCAUGGCCAGCUCUAGGCUCGGCCUCCUACUGCUGCUGCUGUUGCUGUUGCUGCUGCUAACCACCUAUCCUGGACCUUUGAGGGCUCAGCACUGGUCCCAUGGCUGGUGCCCUGGAGGAAAACGAGCCUCCAGAUCACCCCAGGAUUCCCAGAGUGUUCCCAGGCUCUCAGCGGGGAGCCUCGCUCAGGCUGCCCAUAGACUCCCAAGUGAGGACCGGGCUCCCUCGGAGGACACUGCCUGGCAGGGCAGAAGCAUGUUCCGGUGGACUCUUCACAGGAAACAGCACCUGGUGUAAAUACUACCGGUGAGUGGGGUGAGAGGCCCCACAUUCA